CCUUUACUGUGGUAGAACCCCGACAUCCUGGUCGCCUGCAGCUCCGAACACACAAUUACUGUCGACGAACCCCUCCGCCGAACAAACGAACAGCGCACUUUCUCUGAGAACACCACCACGGACACAGCUCCACCCAUAUCAGCGGCCAUGAAUAUUACGAGCUCUAUAGUCUCUGAACGAGACAGAGCCUUGCUGGGAGGGGAUUAUGAUACCUACCAUUCUCAAGCAUCCCGCAAAAUUCACAACCUGCGCAAGCGUCUGGGCGCUGCCAAUCGUGGCCGUAAAUAUACACCAAAAGCUCCGGUGACUGCAGAUAGCGUCGCGAAGAAUGCAGAAUGGGUGCAACUCCUCCUUGCCAGCUCCGAGCGAGCCUGGGCCAGUGCCAUGGCUAUGAAAUCUGCACAAUCGGCAGAAAAUACACAGAAGCCCAUGCCGGGUUCCACCAAACGUCAAAUCGCUUCCAGAUUGAGGAGAGCCAUCGCCUAUGCCGAUAACCUCGUCACUAUCUUACGAGACCGCAAUACGACGGGUGCUACAGAGGUAGACGACUUGGAGGCUCGAGCAUAUCGUUUCAUGUUGCGAGGAAGUCUCGACUUCGAAAAAGGACGAUGGCAACCUUGCGUGGAGAAUUACUCCGUCGCCCACAUUGUGUACACUGCUUUGGCACGAACGUCCAAAAGCGAGGUCUACAAGGAACUAUUGUCUGGCAUUGUUGAGCCCAGCAUCAGAUACGCCGCAUAUCAACUCAAGAUGCCACGCACAAAAGCCAUCAAUGAGAUAGCCAUUGAACACUUUCCCAGCUCCGAAGCAGCUCUGCGGAAAGAGGUGGAACAAGUCGACCCACAAGCAUUUGUACAGAGCACCGAUGCUGCUGCCACUAGCUCUGGCCCUAAAGAGGUCCCUUCCACAAUCUCCUGGAGAAGUCGGAAAGUAAAGCUGGAAGAUGCCAACAUCUCCCAAGCCCUGGGCUCGUCCAAAGAAAAGGAAGAUGAGUUGGCCACAGCGUUCGAGUCUUUCCAGCAAGGGUCACUAAGUGACAAGGACCUCGCAACCGCAUACGAGGAGGUGAUUACAGCCAGCCAAGACGCCGCGGACGCUACAAAGACCGCCAUUGACGAGCUGGCCUCAGAAGGCGUCGAUCCAGGUGACGCUCGCAUGCAGUCCCUCCAGAUCACCCGCACAGCCGUGAACUUCGCCGUCAUCGAAUGGCGCAUUGGCCGGAAUAGAGUGCUCUGUGGUCGCGACGAUGGACUGCUCUUCCAGUCGGAAAAACCAAGACAACCACUCAAACCCCGCAAGGACGGCAAACCUCGCGCAGUCAAGGAGGAAAGUGUGGGCCGCAAGAUCGCCCGAUUCCGCGAGAGAGUCGCCCUGUACGACUCGAUACUGCAGAGUCUCGAUGCCGUCAAAGAACUACCCGGAGUCAUUGCGGACACGGAUUUCGUUGCCGAACUCGACGCAAAACGAGCAUACUUUCGCGCCCUGAAGUGUCUGGCCAUCGGACGCUCGCAUGCGAUCAACGACCACAUCACAAACGCAUUAGGUCUGUACGCGCGCGCCCUUGACCUCGUUCAAACCGCGUCCUCCACAUUAUCCGAAGGCUCGUCCGCCAGUGCUGAUGCCGCACACCCGCCAAAACUCGAUGUCUCAUCCGAAGAUCUUACACGCGCAACAUCGACGUUGACCAAGCUCGUUACCCAGUAUCGCGCCCUGGCUGAUCUGAAAGCCCUUACUGGAUCACAACCACAGAAGACAACACAGGCGCCGAACGCAGUACAAGCUCCAUUGAUCGAGCGGCUAAACCGCAACGAAUACAUCGAGAACGUCGAUUUAACCAAUCUCGUCAAUUAUCCGCCCAAGCUGCGUCCCGUGCCCGUCAAGCCGCUCUUCUUCGAUUUGGCCUGGAAUUACAUUGUGUAUCCGUCGCAGAAGAAGGAUGCCGACGUCAGUGUCAAUGGAAAGGCAGAGGAAUGGCAAAAGCAGAAUCAAGAGGAGCCACAGAAGCAGAAGAAGGGAUGGUUCGGGUUUGGACGAUAGGAUCGUUGCAGCCCGAUCUGAAUCCUCUCGGUCUUCUGACCUUCACGAACCGACACUACUUUGUUGGGAGUCUCAGUGCUUAGCCCUUGCAUGGGUGGUGCAAAUCGCACACUGCAAUUGGGCUCGAAUUAGGUAUAUAUGAAUACAAUACCUCACGAUAAGCCUUUUGCCAUCAACCAUUUGCCACUCGUCAUGGAACAUGCAUCGGCGCUCAGGCCUCGUAGUG